AUCCCCACUUGUUUUGUCGAUACCAAUACUACGUUCAUUGAUGUUGAAACCGAGCAGCAGGCAAUAGAACAGCGCAGUGCUUCGGAGGAUCCGUUUUUUGUGUUUCGAGACCGGUGCGACUACAUCUCCAGAAACUACAUUAUGCAGGCUUUCUUCUAUGGCGGUUUCGGUGCCCAUCACUGGAGAGCCCUAUCUGAACGCAAUGGCCUAAAGUUCAACUCUGAGCCGCCAGUCCUUUACUUUGUCCAUGAAGACAAAAUCGGCGACAUAUACGGAAACACAACCGAGGCCAACGCUAUUGUCCAUUACUACAAGGAGAAAAAUCUCGAGCAGUUUGCCGAGAUAACUAAAACCACUGAAGGCUGCUGCAACCACUUCUUCAUCGUGUACAAAGAUGAAACCUACCACUGGAAAGUCAUUCUGUCUGUCAGGAAGGACAUCGCUGCGAUCAACGACUUGAACGAAGUGGAUAGAAAGUUCAGGGAGCGCCAACCACCCAGGCGCCUGCUGAACGGAGAGUUCAGGCUCAGGAAUGAGGACGGCGACGAGGUGGCUGACGGCGAGCAGUUUUCAUUUAUCAUUCCACGCGAUGACGAUGAAGAAGAGGAGAACGAUGACGAUGAGGAAGAGGAGAGUGACGACGAGUAUGAGCCUGAACAGGACGGAAUCAAUGUGUUCGAUGGUGCGCUAAUGGCUAACCCUGGUCAUAGCGAUGUGUUUUCCUGCGAAACAAUUGAUGAGAUCCUUUACCUGACACACAACGGCCAGUACUUGUGCUGCCCGGAUGACGGUAUGAACGAUAUUCGCGUUUCUCCCGAGCUGCCUGAGCCAUCAGACCGCCUCCAGAUCAACUACGACGGCAACGAUGUUCUGUUCACCAGGUGGGGUGGAUCUGUGUUUGCAAUGUGUGAGUGGGCCAAGGCAUCUGUGGGUUGCAUUAGAUUCUAUAACGAUGAUUACAGCCAGCGAUACAAAGAGCCAAUGCGCCUUCGGCUUCUCCAAAGCUAACCUACCCUGUGUCUAGUUGGGUUUGCACUAUGGCAGAGCUGGCUGUACUCAACUAAUAUAUCGAUAUAUGAUGUUUUCGGGAUGUGUUUAUUAAUAAACCACGCCAGAUGUGAAGGUGGCUCUGGUCGAGUGGGC